UAAAUAUUGCAAAGCUUUUCAACAUAAUUAAAGGUGAAUAAGCUUUUGUCCUGGAAUAAGGUUACUCUAAAAAAAAAAAUUAGUUCGUGCGCGGCAACAUAUCCUUAACCAAAGUACGAAACGAAAAGAAUUUUUAGAAACCAGGAUUAUAAAGCAGUUAUUUAAUAAUUGCCUUCAUAAUUAUAUUUUAGAAUUUAGUUAAACUGAAAUAAAGUCUGUGAUUUUAAAAUAAACUUUAAAGUUUACAAUAACCUUGUCCAAUUGAAAAAAAAAUACAAUUGAUUCUGGAAAUUAUAAGUUUUGGUUUAUAAUUUAAUAAAGAAAAUAAAAAAUUAAUAGAAAAAAAAUAUUCAAUAUUUUUGUGUGAAGAGAAAAAUCAAUUUGCUGUUUCUUUUCUCUUGUUAAGUUUUUCUCAUCAGUUAUUACAAAUUCAUAACUGUGAGAAAGGAACAUCAAGAUUCAGUGUAGAAGCUGACAUUUUUAAAUCUUAGAGACGCGAAGUUAACAAAUUUUAAUACAAAAAUGCAAAAAAAAAAAAAUUGGGCAUUUAUUCAAACUUAACUAAAAAACUUCUUUCAUUUCUUACAACGCAUCUACAAUUGUGUAUGCAUUAACAAAUGACGUCAACAUUUUUGAAUACAAAUAUUCCAAGACAACCGCCACGAAAAUCGAAGUUUAAUUCAUUCUCCGUGGAAACACUUGGGUUUUAUCCAAAGUUAUUCAAUUGCAUAUCCUCACCAUCAUCAUCAUCAUCAUCACCAUCAUCGUCGCUUUCAUCACUUCCUUGGUUAACUUCAAAUAAAGUUACAAGUCGAUUAUUUUGGAGUAAUGAAUUUUCAUUCCAAGAAAUUAGAGAUACUGGAAAUUUUGGCAGCAUACAUAAAAGUCCCACUAAACUACAUUGCAAUGACGUUAAUAGAAAAAUGUUAUACAAAAACAGACAAAUCGAUAGAUCUCUCAAGUAUUUUUCCAUUAAAUUUAUAGCACUAUUAAUGUUCUCGUUUUUCAUAUCGUUAUUAAAAUUUUAUCGUUAUAAACAAUUUAAAGAUUCGAAAUGUUUAGCUAAAUAUGUUGUAUGGAUUAUUGGUAUUAUUCUCAUAAUUACAACCCUUCCAGCGAAAAUGGUGCAUGCAUCGAACGCAUCAAUGGACGACAACGAAAAUGGAAGUUAUACAUUUGUAAUAGAAACCAGCACAAAAGAUAACAUAACAAAUCAUACAGAGAAGACACCACUUUUUCCAACAGAUCUUUUUACAAAAGAACAACUUGAAAAUGGUGCUGUGGUUUUUCACGUACUUGGAGUAAUAUAUAUGUUUGUCGCCCUUGCAAUUGUAUGCGACGAGUUUUUCGUGCCUUCCUUGGACGUGAUUAUCGAAAAACUAGAUAUAACAGAUGAUGUAGCAGGAGCUACAUUUAUGGCUGCUGGUGGCAGUGCUCCGGAAUUAUUUACUAGUGUUAUUGGUGUAUUCGUUUCGUUUGACGAUGUUGGUAUCGGAACGAUCGUUGGUUCUGCUGUUUUUAAUAUCUUAUUUGUUAUUGGUAUGUGUGCGCUAUUUUCGAAAACCGUAUUAGCUUUGACGUGGUGGCCAUUAUUUCGCGAUUGUUCAUUUUAUAGCAUAAGUUUAUUAAUAUUAAUAUACUUCUUUCGAGACAAUUUAAUAUACUGGUGGGAAGCACUAGUAUUAUUUUGCGUGUAUGCUGGUUAUGUAACAUUUAUGAAAUGGAAUGUUCAAAUGGAAAGAUGUAUAAAAAAAAUUAUUUAUAAAAAUAAGGUGACAAGAGUAAGGAGCACGGAUCAGCUAAUGCCAGCGGGUAACGCUGCUAAUUCAUCAGAAACUUCAAUGGUGACCCAAACUGGUGGUUCAGUAACUUCGAGAGCAGCUUCUGAAACCAGAUCUGUUCCGCCUGGUUCAAGUGGAACUGGCAGCAAUAGUAAUGGUGGUCAUCAUCAUCAUACAAAAGCAAAAUUUCGUCAUGGAUUGUUACAGUUAAUGAUACAUACAAUUGAUCCCCUACAUGAUGGAAAAGUUGAUGAAAAAGCUACUCAAUUACAUGCAAUUGCUUCGUUGAAAGUACUACUAGAUGCAACAAAACCACAAAGAGGUGAAGCGACCACUUCUGCAGCAAAUCAUGUUAAGGUUAGCUUGAAAGAAACAACACUAGCGAAUGAACGUCCGAAUGGGAAAAUCACUACUAUAGCCGAGCCGGUGGCUGAAAUGGAAGAAGAGGAGCCAGAGCCGUUAGAUGUUUCGUGGCCUGAUACCGGCAGGAAGCAAAUAACCUAUCUUCUGGUGGCACCCAUAGUAUUUCCAUUAUGGUUAACAUUACCUGACACGAGGACUCCAAAAGGAAAGAAAUUCUUUCCAGUGACGUUUAUAGGCUCUAUUUUGUGGAUUGCUGCGUAUUCUUACUUAAUGGUUUGGUGGGCAAACGUCGUAGGGGAUACCGCUAAAAUACCACCAGAGGUUAUGGGAUUAACAUUCUUAGCAGCUGGAACUUCCAUACCAGAUCUCAUAACUUCUGUCAUCGUUGCUAGAAAAGGAUUUGGGGAUAUGGCAGUUUCAAGCUCUGUUGGAAGUAAUAUAUUUGAUGUCACAGUAGGAUUACCAGUUCCAUGGCUUUUGUAUGGUAUAAUAUAUCAAGCACCAGUCGAAGUUAACUCUCAUGGCAUGGUUUGCUCUAUCACUAUCUUGUUUAUGAUGUUACUAUUUGUAGUUAUGUCAAUAGCAUGUUUCCGUUGGAAAAUGAAUAAAGGAUUAGGUUUAACAAUGUUUUUGUUAUAUUUUGUCUUUGUUGCUGUAUCAUUAAUGUUCGAAUAUAAUAUAAUAGUGUGUCCAGUAUAAAUCAUUAUUAUAAUUAUAAAAAUGUUAAAAUUUUAUUCUGAGUUAGAAAAAAUAAUAAAUAAUACUAUGUUAAGAAUUUCGAAAUGUAAUAUGAAAAUUGAAAAUAAUAUGUACAUGAUUAUAUAAAAUAUUUAGAAUAAAAAUUUCAAUUUAAAAUGCAAAAAAUAUAGAAAAAUUACUUCAAAUUUCAAAUCAAAGUUGUUUGUGAACUAAACAUGUCAAAGUCUUUCCGAGGUAACUAAAAUAAAAUAAUGUUUUUGUUAGUUUAAAAAUCCUAUCAAGAUAGCAUAUACACAUACCUAAGAACAUGCAUAUGUAUGUAUAUUUGGAUUGAUCAUAACAUAGUGUUUUACGGAAAUUAAUUAUGUUUUAAACAAAUUUUAAGCAAAUAUUUGUUAAAUAUUUUUUAAAAUUAUUUUUGUUUUGCAUUUUUUUUAUAUAAAUUAAAAAAUAAAUCAAAUUACUUUGAUUUAUUCAUAAAGAACACCUCUAUUCUAUAUACACUCAAAGAAAGAAGAAAGUAAAUGUAUAGAUUCAAGUGCAUUGGCAAUACGUUAAAUGUGGUGUGUAUUAAGCAUACAUACCUACAUACACAUACGUAAUGUACCUACAAAUUGCGGUAAAACUAUGUUAUUAUAUAAUUCUGCAAGUAAUUCACGAGUUCUAAUUUGUUCAAGUAAAAUUUUUUAAGAUUAAGGGUAAUUCAGACGUGAGGAAUUUUAUAAUAAACAUAUAUGUAAGUAUGUAUGUAUGUGGGUAUUAUCGUAAAAUGUAGAAUAUACAUAAUCAUUAUUAAUGAAAUAUAUGUACGUGUAUAUAUAUAAGAACAUAUGUAAUAUAUACAUAUGCAAUUGUUUUAAAUUGUGCUUCUUUUAUGUUUUAAAAUAAUGUACAGAAUUUACAGAUUUGCUAUUUUUACUAAUAGAAAAUAUUAAUCAAUGCAAAAUUCAUAAAUAUUUCUAACAGGGUGCUUGAGAUUUUUACCAAAGAAUAAAAAACCACUUGGAAAAAGCUUUUGAAAUUGAAAGAAAUCGCGUGGGCUCUUUGUAGGAACGUACAAAAUAAACCUUUAUGGUCAUUUAACUUUAAGUAAAACAUACAUACAUACAUAUGUAUAUUCAAUUGUAUUAUAUUAUUUUAUACGCAAAAUGACUCAAACGAAGGAAGUCAUAUUAAAAUGUUACGGAAACAAAAUAUGAAUAAGUCCAUAGUUUAUUUUAAUAUAUAAAAUAUACAAAAUGUCUACGCUAAUAUUUAUAAUAUGUCUGUGUGAAAUAUUUACCGGCUUUGAAAUGUUUAGAUUACAAAAUCUAAAAAACAUCCGCAAAUGUACAUACAUAUUAUAUCUGUAUAAAUAAUUUUGUAAUUAAUAUAUAUGAAUGUAUGUAUGUAUAUAUAUCAGUACUUCUAUACAAGCAUGUAAUAUAGAUAUAAAAUAUGUACUUAUCAAAUCUGUUAACAUACAUAUGUAUGUUUAUGUAUAUGAUAAUAUGUUAUGUAAUUUUUAGAAAUUGCACAGUUCAAAGUUAUAAUAGAAAUUUACGUAAGCAAUUAUAGGAACUAUAAAUGUUAUAAAAAUUUAGAAAUUUUCGAUAAGAAGCAAUAACGAAAAAUAAACAAAAAAAUGUCACAUUUCAUUAAUAGUAAUGUAAUUAAUAGUAUAUAUUCGAAACAAUUAUAAGAAUAUAAGCAUAUAUGUACAUAUAUUUAUAAAAAAGUAGGUAUAUGAAUUCAGAUCAAAGUACAUAUGUAUGUAUAUGUUGUUAUUUUGAAAAAUAAAGCCAAUGUAUGUACUUAUACAAAGAAAAAGAACCUUUAAUUGUAUGUGAAUUAUUAUAUAAAUUAUAUUAAUAUAUAUUUUAAAUUCUCAUAGAUAUAUACUUGCUUAUAAAGAUAUAACUAUACAUAUAUAUACAUGCAAAAAGGUAUAUGAUUUUAUUAUUAAUAGUCGUUUAUAAACGACGGCUUUUGCUUGGCUGACGUUUGAAAUGUAUGUUGAUGCAAAAGUCGUCGCAUAAAUUUAGGUAAUAUGCAUUAUACAAAAAGCAUUUGUUAAUUAGCAUUAUAAAAAUUUAUAUAUACAUGCAUAUGCAUAUAUGUACAUACAUUCAUAUAAACUUCAAUGUAAGUUUCGUACAUAAAAUAUAAAUAUAUAUAUACAUAUGUAAAACAGAUUAAAUUGUAUAAAAAUCGUAUUUCGCUUUACAUUUAAAAUAUGUUAGGCUAUAAAUUAUAUUUAAAAUAUUUAUCACUAUCAACAUGAGAAGCAAAUUAUUAUAAUUAAAAGUAAUCUUUAAAAAAAAAUCUGGACAUUUCUUAAUGGAAAUUUAAAAAACUAUAGUUAUACAUACAUAUAUAAAAAUCAUUUUUGGUUUCACUACUAGUCGCAGUCUACGGCUAAAAAAAUUUUAUAUAGGAUAUUAAUUGAUCGUUCGCAUCAACGAGUAUUAGAUUUUAUUAGAAAUUUAAAUUGAGAACAAAUAAAAUAUCUUCAUUUUGGUAAUUAUAACGUUUCAAUCCUAUAGCACUUUACUCUUGUUUGUAGUUAAGCAUUUUUUAUUACAAACAUUUUUCAUAUAUAAAUUUCAAAGAUAUUUGGUUAAUAAGCAAAUAAAAUGUUCCCGUUAUUAUAUUUUCUUAACAAAAAAAAAAACAAAAAAAAAAAUGAACAACCUAGAAAGUUAAUUGAAAAUAUCAAGGAAAAUAUUAAAGUGGCAAAAUUUUGAUUUUUUUAUAUCGAAUGUAUUAUUUUAAUGUUGUAAAUUAUAAUAUUUUGGAAAUCCUAAACUCACUUUUAAUAUACAUAUAUAUAUAAAAAUUGUAAAUUUAUAUCCUAUUAAUACAAAGUAUAAUAAACCAUAAAAUUUAACA